UCUGGAAUUAAAACUCCAGUCCAGAUUAUCAGAGCUUACACCAGUUUCUGGUCCAGCCCAGAUUCUGAUAUUGGAUUGCGGGUUUGAGGCUGAGUCUGGACUUUCUCCUACUUCAGUGAAUGCUGCAGAUGAAGGAGAGGAAGUACAGUUUCACUGCUCUUUCUCUGUUUGAAGGCUGAGGCAGCAGAGCAGAUGGUGCUUCCUUUCACAGAACAAUGACAUGCAGCUAUUUAUCACAGUGAUCUGGCAGAGAGCCAGCACAGCUAGAUGUCAGUCUAAAGCUGUGGAGGACUUGUGGCAACAGACAUGAAGAACUUGGACCAGUAUGGACGAAGUGACAAAGAGAGUCUCGUCUAUGGAGCUCUGUCCACUCUGGUGUUGAUUCUACUUGGUCUACUGGGUUCGGUCCACAGCUGUCCUGGUGUCUGCACCUGCUAUGGCAACACCACUGACUGCUCCGCCGUCGGCCUCCUGUCUCUGACACCCAUCCUUGCACUGAUAGACCAGGACAAUCUCAUCCUCCGUCUACCCCAGAACAAUCUCUCCUCUCUGGGCAAAACAGAUCUUUUGAACCUCAGUAGACUGGAGCUCUUGGAUAUUUCCCAGAACCACUUUUCAAGCCUGCAGCCUGGCGCUUUCUCAAGAUUGAGCAGCCUGCGGUGGCUCAACCUCUCCACUAACUACCUCGGGUUACACCUGGCACCAUCUGCCACCAACAACAUCACAGAGGGCACACUGGGUUUGAGUCAAAGUCAGGGAGGUGUUGGAUUGAACAAAGAGGUUUUCAAUGGUUUGUGGCGGUUACAAGGGCUUGACUUAUCCUCCAAUGGCCUUAUUUGGCUUCCUAAAGGCUUGCUAGAUGGGCUUCAGAGACUAAAAUAUCUGUCUCUGGCCAGUAACCAGCUUGUGGCCCUAGACAGAGUCACAUUCGAGCCCCUGGUGCAUCUGCAGCAGCUCCAGCUGGUGGGAAACCCCUGGCAAUGUGACUGCAAACUGAGGGACUUCAAGCACUGGAUGGAGUGGUUAAUUUACAGGGAUGGGCAGGUAGACGCGAUGCAGUGCAGCCUCCCAGAGGAACUGAAGGGCAGGGACAUCCGCAACGUACCAGCAGAGAUGUUUAGCUACUGCCUGCAGAGUCCGACCAAGGAGGGCGGUCAAGCCUCCCUUCGGCCUCCUUGCCCACCUGGCAGAGUCAGCAGCAAUGACGAAUGUGUUCGCCAGCGUUACCGGCCUGUAAGUGUCCGCCGGGCACAUGUCACACAAAUUGUUGCAGGAGUGGUUUGUGGCACAGUGUGCGUGAUGAUGGUGGUUGCGGCAACUUAUGGCUGCGCCUACGCCUCACUGAUGGCACGGUACCAGAGGGAGAUGAAGAGCCGUGGCCAGCCUCUGAUGGCCGAGUGUGGAGCUGAGACGGACAUGGAGGACGGACAACUGUCAUCUCCAACCUCACCAGAGGAGACGCCGCCCAAAGUGGCCUGUGGCAUUGUGCAUGGGUAUCGAAUCAGUAGCUUCUGACUCACUUGUUUAUUUUUCCUGAUUGUUAAUCCUUCCUGGAUGUUCUGCAGGUUGCCCCUGCUCUUCAAGCUCUCAUCGCUGAUGAGACAGCGUUUGGAGAGAGAGACCCUGCAGCUCUGCUACUGUUCUGAAAAUCACUAGGUGGGACAAAUUGAGCAGCUAAUCGAGCGGACAAGAUUCAGUGAAACUGAAAAGCUGCAACCCGUCUUCAAAUGUAUGGAUGCUCUGUGAAUUGUUAUUCCCCACGCUGCAUCUUUAAGCCAUUUUUUAAUCUAUGAAGCUGCUACCUGGCAUCUUGACUUCCCUUUACCUGCCUUUUUAUUUAUUCUUUAGGAAUAUGAAACUACCUUUUUGUUUAAGCCGUCUGUCUGUAUCUGAGCCCAAGAAGCACAUAUUUCAAAGGUUUGUGAAUGUCUGUGAAUCCCUGAAAUGUUCUGUCCUCUUUUAAUUAUUUAUAUUAUUUCUUUUUAUUAUUACCAGCGAUUUGACAAAUAGUGCUUUAUACCUCUGUUAGGCGAUAACCUCCAAAAUAAUAGACACUUAAAUCACAUCGGAAUUUAGCUUCUGUCAGGGAAAUGCUGCAUUCACCUUCAUUACAGAGAGAAAUUUAGAUAAAUAUUAGAGCUGUACUGCCUCCUAGAGUGCAGGCUUUGCGCUACAACAGCUUCUGAUCCAGCACAAACAAACUCUCAAGCUCCACGACAGUUAUGUGAGGUAUGUGAGGUAUGUGAGGUCUACAUAUAUGCUGUCAUUUAGCUUGUCCAUAUUUCCUGUGAAAAACAUGAAAUGUCUCAACUUUAGCUCAAGGACUGUUAAUUGUGCUGAAAUAAUAAACUAUAUUUAUUUAAAGUGCAUCAUUCAUUCAGAGAUGUGAAUGCAAGUGAGUGUCACAACCUAUUUGAGAAUUCCUACAUAUGAAGGUGAAUAUCACAGCUCCUCUUCAGUUU